AUGCCCGGUGACAAGAUGAAGGCGGUGCAUUACGAAGGACCAUUCAAGGUCUCAGUCAAGGAUGUCGAACUUCCCAAGAUCCAGCACCCCGACGAUGUGAUUGUAAAGGUCACGACAGCAGCGAUAUGCGGUUCAGACUUACACAUGUACCAAGGCCGCACGGCAGCGGAAGCCGGUCUUGUGUUCGGUCAUGAGAAUAUGGGUACUAUCAUUGAGGUCGGAUCGGGCGUGACGCUAUUGGAGAAGGGCGACAGAAUUGUGUUGCCAUUUAAUGUCGCCGAUGGUAGGUGUCGCAACUGCGAAGAAGGCAAGACAGCUUUCUGUACUGGAGUGAACCCGGGCUUCGCUGGCGGAGCCUACGGCUAUGUAGCUAUGGGGCCCUACCAAGGUGGUCAAGCACAGUACCUCCGGGUUCCGUUCGCCGACUUCAACGCGCUGAAAUUGCCCAAAGGUACCGAGCACGAAGCCGACUUCAUACUACUAGCAGACAUUUUCCCGACAGGAUGGCAUGGACUGGUGCUCGCCGGGUUCCAGUCUGGCGAAAGCGUCGCGGUGUUCGGCGCGGGUCCUGUCGGCUUGAUGGCAGCGUAUAGCGGGAUCCUUCGAGGCGCCAGCAAGGUCUUUGUGGUCGAUACAGUGCCUGAGCGGCUGCAAGCUGCGGAAAAGAUUGGCUGCAUACCCAUCGACUUCAGAAAGAGCGAUCCCGUUGAACUGAUCAUCAAGCUCAAUGGGGGUAUGGUAGAUCGCGCGGUCGACGCGGUCGGUUAUCAAGCCGUGGAUGCGUCAGGCAGCAAAGAGAAGCCGAAUGUUGUCCUAGACCAGUUGAUCAUGGUGACUCGGCCGACUGGAGGUUUGGGUAUUCCGGGAUUGUACGUGCCAGCCGACCCAGGAGCGCCAGAUGAGCAGAGCAAGAAGGGUCAGAUUCUGAUCUCAUUCGGCAAGCUAUUCGAAAAGGGGUUGCAUCUCGGCACGGGGCAGUGUAAUGUGAAGGCGUAUAAUAGGUAUCUGCGCGACAUGAUCGUAUCGGGCAAAGCCAAGCCGAGCUUUGUUGUGUCGCACGAAAUCAAUAUCGACGAUGCGCCGACGGCAUACGAGAAGUUUGAUAAGAGGAUCGAGGGGUAUACGAAGGUGCUGAUCCAUCCGAACGGAGCUCUGAACUAA